AAACGAUGAUUGUAAAAAUCUUCCAUUUGCAGGAAAACAAAUGGUUCUGAUAGGAGAAUUCUUGCAGCUGCAACCUGUGCCGAAUUUAUUUGACGAAGGCCGCUUCAUGUUUUAUUCUCCCCUGUUCGACUUUGCGAUUUCACAUCGGUUCGGGUUAACAACAGUCAUUCGGCAGCAAAACCCAGAAUUUUUGGCGGCUCUGGCGGAGAUAAGAGAGGGGACAUGUUCCAUCGCCACCGAACAGUAUCUAACCUCGUUGCAAAGGCAAUUACCCUGGGAACUUCAGCGUACUGCCACCCAAAUUUACUUCAGAAAAGUUCCAGUUCAGCUUGCAAACAGGCGGCAGCUCGAUGCGAUCCCUGGAGAGUUGUUUAACUUUCAUGCCGAUUAUGAAAAUGACAAAUCGACGAGUAUGAGCUGGCCCGGAGCAUCUACUUUGCAACUUAAACCUGGCUGCAAGGUGAUGCUAGUUUGGAACAAGUCAGAUGAUUUAAGGAACGGUACCCUUGGCACAUUCACCGGUGUUAGCGGUAAUGGCAAGCUGUUGGUGAAGUUUGAAGAGGUGGGAAUAGUUGAAAUAGGGCGGGAAACGUGGAUCAAGCGGGACAGAAAUGGUCAAAGAGUUGGAAGUGUAUCACAGUUUCCGAUUGUCCUUGCUUAUGCUGUCACGUGCCACAAGUCACAGGGAUUAACUCUGUCAUCUGCAGUUGUCUACUGCUCUAGAGAAUACGUUCCGGGCCUAAUUUAUGUGGCAAUUUCCAGGGUAAAAUCUCCUGAACACAUACACAUUGUAAAUUUUAAUCGUCGUCAGCUUUUGAAGCCAGUGAAAAAGGCACUUGAAAUCUGCNUUAUGACCUUUGUCUCUGAUUUCGUGGUUUUGAAAACGUGUCAUUCUAACUUAAAGAUCAACUUACUUAGCGGGUACUCCAUCGGCUAUCAAUCACGCGACUUAUUAAAUAAUCAAAUGUCAAUAAACGAAGUUAAUAUUAAUCAACGAAACAGUUGGAAGUGUAUCACAGUUUCCGAUUGUCCUUGCUUAUGCUGUCACGUGCCACAAGUUACAGGGAUUAACUCUGUCAUCAGCAGUUGUCUACUGCUCUAG